AGCGGUGCUGAUAUGUCUGGCCGAGGCAAAGGCGGGAAGGGUCUGGGCAAAGGGGGUGCUAAGCGCCACCGCAAGGUGCUGCGCGACAACAUCCAGGGCAUCACCAAGCCCGCCAUCCGGCGGCUGGCCCGGCGCGGCGGCGUCAAGCGCAUCUCCGGCCUCAUCUACGAGGAGACCCGCGGGGUGCUCAAGGUGUUCCUGGAGAACGUGAUCCGGGACGCCGUCACCUACACGGAGCACGCCAAGCGCAAGACGGUCACGGCCAUGGACGUGGUGUACGCGCUCAAGCGCCAGGGCCGCACCCUCUACGGCUUCGGCGGCUGAGCGCCUCGGACCUCCCGCUACCUCCAGAAGCACAAAAAGGCCCUUUUCAGGGCCGCCCACGUAUUUCACGAAAGA